UUCCGUUUUGUUACUAACGUUAGUUAACUGCAAACUGUACGUGGUCUUCUUUAAAAAGCAAACAUCUUAGAAGGAUCGCAUUGUUUCGCCAAUGUGAUUUAAAAGGUGACAUCUUGCUGGUUUUAGCACAUAGCCUGCACCAUGGGGAAGAGAUACUACUGUGACUACUGCGACCGGUCCUUUCAGGACAACAUGCAUAACAGGAAAAAACAUCUGAAUGGUGUUCAGCAUCACCGAGCCAAAAAAGCCUGGUAUGACUAUUUCAGAGACUCUUCAGCCAUUCUGUAUGACGAGCAAACAAAGAAACCCUGCAGGAAGUUUCUCCAAAAAGGAAUUUGUGAUUUUGGCCCGAACUGCAGGUUUUCCCACAUGUCUGAAGAGGAUCUGUUUAAUUUAAAAAGACAGGUGGAAGAUGAGAGAAGGCACAGAGAGGGCUCUGUAGACAGAAUGAUACCCGGGCAAAGCAUUGAAGAAUGGCUCUCCAGAAGAGAAAAGAAGCAAACUGCCCUCAGUAUCAAAGGAGAUCGGGAAAAUAAGGAAGACAGCGAAGAGGGCCAAGAAGAAAGUGAAAUACUUCAACAGCUCCUCUCCAUCCCUGACCUUCCACCCUCUCUCCUACCGCCUCCUCCAGGCGGAUGGAAAGUCACAGAGAACACAGAGUGGGGGUGAAAGAUUUCCACAUCACUUUAAAGUGGAUAUGGGACAUUAAUAGGAGGAGGAAUGGCAUAGAAUAGAUUUAUGUUCGUAUUGGAAGGUUUGUCAGUUUGAAAUGAAGUUUUAAGUUGAGUCCAAAAGGAGAUUGUUGCCAUUUCUCUUCCUCAAGAGUGAACAUUUUGUGUGCCGUACACUAUAGGUCCUGUCUGUUUCAUGAAAAAUAAUUUUUAAUUUAUUACAUUUUAUUUAAGAUGUCAAGUUUCUUGAGUAAGAAUUACAUGUAACAUUAAAAAAUAGCUGAUUUAAAAUGAGUAAAAGUUUGUAUUUACACACAUUUUUAAAACACAAUAAAAGUAAAUCUGAGAUUAACGAUUCCCACACAAGCAGUGCAUAAUAAUCCUCAUAACUGACAUCUUGGCAGUGUGUUGUUGAUUGCUCCACCAAUCUGGAGUCGAGUGCCUUUACCGUGAAACUCCUCUGAGGAGUUACAUUUGAUGCCGUGCAGUCCCAAAAGGAGCGGAGGAUUGCUGAGCAGAUGGAAAUAAUUUUUUGUUUAUUUUUAAUCCUCUGCUGCGUCACCGGGGGAGUCACUGAUCUGACUGCAUUUUAUUUGUAACCCAGCCAACUGAAAACACCAUUUUACUUCCUAAAUAGUAAAGGUUGCAAACUAAUGAUCUGGAUUAAGCUUCAUGAUGAAAGUUUUUCUUAGAUAGAAAGUUUGUUGAGACACUAUUAUAAAUAAGCCUCAUGUAGAUCCCUUGGAUUUGUGACUAAGCUAUGUAUAAUUGUCACUGGCCUUUUAAAGUCCUCUAAUAGGUUAUUCCUCAUAACUGGGCUUAUGCUGAGAUAUAUAUACUUGUACCUAAUGCAGUGUUUACAGCAGAAUCCUCAUUAAACGGCUGUGAGUAUUCUUUC